GUGGCGUAGGCCGGAAACACUCUAGAGGUUGCCCCUCGAGGGAAGCCACAUCGGGAUGAGCUCUGCCAGAGAUGAGAUGCCCACUGCUGCGAGACAAGAAAAGAUCCGCUCGCCGAUGGAGGAGGGCCGCGAUGCAGAGCUUGCAAGUUUGCAACGGCAUAUUUCGCAAUUGGCGGCCCUGGUGGAGGAGUCGGUGAAGAAGAAGGAGCCUGGUAGCGUCGUGGCGGAUGCAGCCAGCAGUGGCGGCUGGGUUGCCGCCACGGGAGGCCAACGAGAGCCCACGCUGCCGCUCGGCGGCGGCGGGGGAUUUCUCCAGCAGCAAGCGAGCGAUGGUGGGCAGGGACCACGGCAGCUGCUGGAAGGCGGCUGGGCCAGCAGAUCGGGAGCGAAUCCUGCGAGACCAGCUGGAGUGGGCCCGGGCAUAGGACCGGACUACGGGGAAGCGAGGGGUUAAAAACCCCCGGGUGAGAUACCCGUGAUUCGAGGGAAUGGAUAAUUCCUCGACGGCUACAGCAUAGCCACAUGAAGAGAGUAACAGUCGAUGUCCCGCGUCUCGAAGGGGAGAGUCGCGGCCAUGGGAAUGACUCGUGGAGAGAGUCGCUUAUGCAAGUGGCCAAGACUGUAGGACACGACGGCCAAUUGAUCGGCAACGACGAGAGACAUGCACCUGUCGGCAACCCAAACGUGCCAAGCUCGGAGCUGUACCGCCUCCAAUACACCAGCGACGAGGUCCAGAGGGGCCUCCAAGCAUUCCAUUUUGUGACCACUGCCAUCGUCAGAGAAGCCGACAAGGCGAUCGUGAACAAAUUCGAA